AUGGUCACCUCGGAGCAGAGUGCCUUCUUCCAGAAGAAUGGCUAUCUCAUUGUCCGUGACUUCCUCUCGCCAGAGGAGGUAAAGAAUCUGCAAGCCUGGGCUCAGCAGGUUCAUGAUUACACGCCUACCGAGGAGUCUGACUUUAUGCCGUAUGAAGAGGUCAACGACAGGGGUGAACGCGUGUUGUGCCGCACAGAGAACUUUGUCGACGGCCAUACGGGCUUCAACCACCUGCUCAGAGGAGAGAAGCUUCUCGGGCUGCUGAAUGACCUUGCUGGAGAGCCCAUGCUCUUGUUCAAGGAGAAGAUCAACUACAAGUUGUCAGGAAGCGGCGGCUUUGCCCCUCACAUUGACGCCGUCGCCUACACACACAUCAAGGAUGUCAAGCAUCUGACGAUCCUCCUGAGCGUGGACCCGUCCAAUCUCCGGAAUGGCGGCCUCGAGGUCGUCGAUGGCAGCCACGAGAUGCAAGUUCCCAUCAACAAGACUACCAACUGCAUCGAGCAGGGCUGGGUAGAUUCGCAGGCAUGGGCGCCUGUCGAGCUGGAAGCAGGCCAAUUGCUCAUCUUCACGUCGUAUCUUGCGCACCGCAGUGGGCCGAACACGAGCAGCGCCGACCGCAAAGCUAUCUACGCCACGUACAACUGCGCCAGCGAGGGCGACUUGCACAAGGGCUACUACGAGGACAGAAAGAAGGAGUGGCCGGCCACUCACAUGCGCAAAAAGGGAGAGUCUUACGAGAAGGGUGCAUUCACGUACGGCUUCGGGUCGCCAAUGCUAAGUGUCGAGGCGGGUCAUCAAGUUGCAUUCUAG